AGCGAUGGCAUGGCAGAGUGAAAGCUUUCCGCAAAGCGAGAAACCUAGCGAGGGUUCUAAUUUUAGUCUCAGUUGCAAUCAUCGUCGUCAUGGAUUCAGACGAAGAAUUUUUUGCGUCAGCAGCAGUUAUAAAUGUUGUAAUGAAAAAAACCACCGGGAUCCAUCCACUGAAUAGAAACCGUUUAAAAGGAGAGUUUAAUAGUUUGUAUAAAAAUUUAAGGCAGUAUCCUGACAAAUUUUUCAAUUAUACUCGAAUGUCGAUCAAUACAUUCGAUUAUAUUUUGACGAAGAUUCAUUCAAAACUGGAAAAGUGUUGGACAAAUUUUGUUGUUAAUCCCAUAACGCCAUGUGAAAAACUUAUUCUAACUUUGAGAUAUUUAGCAACGGGGGCUUCGUUUACUUCAUUGUCGUAUUUAUUUAAAAUUGGAAGGACUACAGUCUCCGUUAUUGUAAAGGAAACAGUCAAGGCACUUUGGGAGGAGUUGCAGCCAAAGCACAUGCCACAGCCUUCAAAAGAAAUGAUUACCGAGAUAGCUGAUGACUUUUGGAAAUUGUGGAAAUUCCCAAAUUGUGCUGGGGCUAUUGACGGAAAACACAUUCGUAUUCAGUGUCCACCUCAUUCUGGAUCCAUGUUCUACAAUUACAACAAAUUUUUUUCUGUUGUUCUUCAAGGAGUGGCUGAUUCAAACUGCAAAUUUAUUGCAAUUGAAGUUGGAGGAUAUGGAAAACAAAGUGAUGGUGGCACUUUUAAUGCAUCACAGUUUUAUCGACAACUAAUACUAAUAACUAAUACUAAUUUGCCUGGAUCAAGUAUUAAAAUGCCCUACGUUUUUGUAGGCGAUGAAGCAUAUCCGCUAUUGGAAACUCUGUUAAGGCCAUACUCAAGCCGCACUAUUAAUGCUGAAAGAGAGUAUUUCAACAAGCGACUCUCCCGAGCUCGCAGGUGCAUUGAAUGUGCUUUUCGAAUUAUGACUUCCAAAUGGCGUUUGCUCUGGAAGCCAAUUGAAACCGUUCCAGAUUUCGUCGACAUUAUUGUAAAGGCAAUUUGUAUUCUGCAUAAUGCAAUUAUUGACCUUGAGGGAAGUCCCAAUGUCAAUCAAGACACACACACAAGCAAUGAAAAUAAUGGAAGUGAAGUUUUCACCCAACAAGUUAAAGAUCUGGACAACUUGUUCGUGAUGCCUUUUGCAGUUUAUGUGUACAAAUAUGCUUUGAUAUUAAAAAUCCACAAAUAUAAUAUAAGCAAAACUUACUUGGUACUUGGAGACUUUUCUCAAUCUCUUUCCAAUUUUUUUCAAACAACCAGCCGAUUGUGGUAAUUUUAACAUUUUUGGUCCCACAAAACAGAACGACAAAAAAUUUCCGUUAUUAAGUCCUCAACAUUUAUGUUCGCACUCGAACUCAUUUUAGCAUUUGCUUCGUUGGACUGUUU